AUGGAGAGACUCUGUGAGGAUCUUGUCUCGGGCAUCCUUUUAUGCUUGCCGACCAAAUCCGCUGUCCGAUUUAGAUGUCUGAGCAAGUACUACGAUGAAGUUGUGUCUGAGCCUAAGUUUGCUACCAAUCAUGCUCUGCGGUCGAAACCUGAUCAGGUACAAGGUCUUCUUCGGUUUACAGGUAGGAUGCCAGAUAAAAUACUCUACUAUUCUUUUCAUUCAAAACCAAAUGGUAGCGUUCCUGAAGUUGUUCCCGUCAAUUUUCAAAUCAUGGCUUCUUGCAAUGGCCUUAUUCUAGGUGUCUCUGAUUCUGAUCUUGCUGUUUGUAACCCUAUUGUACCUGAUAGCGUUCAGAUUAUACCAAAACUUGAAACCCCAUAUGGUAACAGUGGUUUAGGUUUGGCUUAUGACCCAAUUGGUUUCUCUUCACUUGAUUUCAAGGUAGUUCAUAUUUAUAAAAGAGAAUCCGUGCAUCUGCCAGAAAAUACAGAUGUUUAUUGUUUUGAGAUAUUUGAUUCAAGUGCAAACUCAUGGAGAGAAUCUAAACGCAAGCUGUUCUUGAGAAAUUCAACUCAACUGCAACCUCAUUUUUAUGCGCUGAAAGGUCAAGCAGUGUACUUGAAUGGACUUUUGCACUGGUUCAGGGCCUGUGGUGAUAUUCUUGUAUUUGAUGUAGAAAAAGAAGAAACUACACUCAUUGGUAUGCCUCCAAUACUGCGAAAAGCAUGGCGUCAGAAUCAAAAUUCUUCAUGGUUCGGCGCUGCAGACUGUUUUCUUUAUGUGGUGUAUGUUUCCAGGAGACAAACUUUGACGUGGGUUCUUCUGGAUUCUGAAACCAGCAAGUGGGGGCUUGUCAGGAACAAUAUCAAAGGGUUAUCAAGAGUGUCUCAUCCCAUUUUCUUUGAUGGUGAAAGGCUUGGUAUGAAAUGUGGGCCAAAGAAGAAAUUGUUGCGUUUGUUCCAUUUGAAGCAAGGGGAGUGGAAGAAAAUUGGCAGGUUACCAAGGACUACAAUCGAUGACAAAGCUACCGUGUAUGUUCCUUUCAUCCCUACCUUAGCUCCUCUCAACAGCGGUGAUCCUUCAAGUACUGGUGCACUUCAAAUCCUUCCGAAUAUGAAGCCGAUAAACAAGAAGUGCAAGAAAAGAAAACGAGACAGUGUCGACAGGAAGAAGGGCAAGAAGGAAAAACGUAAACCUUAA